GGUUGAAUUUGGUUUCUAGUUUGGAAAAUCAGCGGCGACGAAACGAAAAAAAUUCGUGUGUGUGUUUUUGUGUGAAGAUGAUAAUCCCAGCGGCGAGCGCGAUCCUGCCGAUGCCGAUGUCAUGUUUGAGGACGUUGGAAUCUGUGGAGUUGGUAGAAUUCAUCCAGGAGAAGGAAGCGAUGAAAGAGCAGCUUCAGAAGCUGAAGACCAUGCUGUUGUCCUUGAAUACACUGCUGAAUGAUGUGGUGAAGAAACAAAUCAAAGAUACAGCUAUCGAUAUGUGGGUUCGCGAGGUUGAAGAUGUAAUCUACAAUGCGCAAGACCUGUUGGAUGAGAUUGAAACUGAAGCUCUCAGAUGCAAAGUGGCACGCGAAUCUGGAGAAUAUUUCAUUGCAAAUAAGGUACUCAACUGCAUGUCAACUCCCUCUCCUUUCAAUGUCGAAAAAGUAAAUCAAGGCAUAUUGGAGGUCAUUGCUAAAUUAGAAUCUCUCUUGGAGUUAAAAAAUGAGCUCGAUCUCAAAGAAUUUAAAGAAGAAGAUGAUAGUCAAACCAAAUCGUUACCUGCAACUGCUGCCUAUGACACAAAACAUUUGAUAGAAAAAUCUGGUGUCGAUAUAGAAUUCCAACCUCCAAAAAAUUUAAUGAUUGAUGAUUGUGAUGUUUAUGGUAGAGAUCAUGAGAAAGAAUCUAUUCUCAAAUUGUUGCUAUCCGAUUCACAUACCGUACUACCGGUGAUUCCCAUACAUGGUAUGGGUGGUAUUGGGAAAACAACCCUCGCUCAUAUGAUUUACGAAAAUGCGCAAGUGAAUAAACAUUUUGACCUCAAAGUAUGGGUUUCUAUCGCCGACGAAUUUGAUCUCUUGAGGUUAGCAAAACUUAUUUUUGAGGCCGUCACUUCUAUUCCAUGCGAUGUUGAGGAUGCCAAUUUUCUUCAGUUUAAGUUGAAGGAAUCUUUAGUGGGUAAAAAACUCCUCUUUGUCCAAGAUGAUGUGUGGGAUAAAAAUUAUGUUCAUUGGGAUUUCUUCAAGAGUUGCUUUGAAUCUGGAGCUCGGGGCAGUAAGAUAAUUUUCACGACAAGGAAUGAGGUUAUUGCCACCAUGAUAGGUAAUGUUCCAAGUUUUGACCUCAAACCCUUAUCAGCUGAAGAUGGCUUGCAAUUGUUUGUGAAACAUGCUUUUGAUAAGGUAGAGUCUGUUCCAAGCUUAGAUCUAAAUGUACUAGCUCCAAAAUUUGUCGAGAAGUGCAACGGUUUGCCCUUAGCUGUAAAAGUACUUGCUGGUUUCCUGCGGCGUCAUUCUAAACGGGAGACAUGGGAAAAUGCCCUAAACGAUAACAUAUGGGAGUCGUCCAACCAGGAAAAUAGCAGUCUCCCGGCGCUUUGGUUGAGCUACCAUUACCUACCUCCUUAUCUUAAGCCAUGUUUUGCUUACUGUUCUGUGUUCCCCAAAGGUUAUGAAGUUGAUAAGAAACAGUUAAUUUUUAUGUGGAUGGCUCAGGACCUUUUGCAACGCCAAAUGGGUAAUAGCAUUGAAGGAGUUGGAGAAAUUUACUUAAACCAACUACUAUCAAGGUCAUUGCUCCAGCAUUCAAGAGCUGGUCAAUCUAAGAUCACCCUGCAUGAUUUUGUGCACGAUUUAGCUAAAUCUAUCUCAAGGGAAUUUUGUUUCAAGUUGGAUGACUAUAUCUCCCUUGCCCUUGUUAGCAAGAUGCAACUAAGAAACGUUGGCUUCCAGAAACUUAAGACUUUAUCUGAAGCUAAAGUUUUGCAUGCCUUCCCAGAAGCCCAAUGUAGAAGUGUAAAUACAGGAUUGCCACUCAGAUUAGUACAGCAUGAACUAUUGCCGAGGCUACCUCACUUGAGAUUGUUGUCUUUAGCUUCUUGUCCGAUCUUGGAAUUGCCCCAUUCAGUUUGGAAGUUGAAGCAUCUCAGAUACUUGGAUUUAUCUUCUACUCUAUUGAUGGAUCUACCCAGCACAAUUUGCGGUUUAUCUGAAUUGCAGACACUGUUGCUGUCAGAUUGUAGAAAUCUUACUCAGUUGCCAAGCAGCAUAGCAACCCUAAAUCAGUUGCGCCAUCUUGACAUUAAAAACACAUGUUUAGCAGAGAUGCCUUUGCAAAUGAGCAGAAUGAGAAAUUUGCAGUCACUGAGUAAUUUUAUUGUGGGUAAAUACAGUGGCUCAGGCAUUCAAGAGUUAAGAGAGCUUCAGCAUCUUCAUGGAGCACUCUAUAUCUCAGGGCUUCAAAAUGUGGGUGACGUUGGAAAUGCUAUUGAGGCUACUUUGAAGGAUAAACAGUACCUUUGUGAGCUUGGUUUGACAUGGAGAGGUGACACGGAUGACUCCUUAAAAGAGAGAGAAGUGCUCGACAGGCUACAACCACAUGAGAACCUAAAGAAACUCAUUGUCAAAUUUUAUGGUGGUACGAGAUUCCCAAAUUGGAUUGCAGAUAGUUCGUAUUCUAAUAUGGUAUCAGUGCAAUUAAGAGAUUGUAAAAAUUGCUAUUUCUUGCCCCCUCUUGGACAGCUACCAUCUCUUAGAAAUCUAGAAAUUAUUGGUUUUGAUUCAGUGAUGAGUAUAGGUCCAGAGUUCUAUUAUAAUGAUUCCUCCACAAUUAAGCCAUUUAGGUCCCUUGAAAUUUUACGCAUCCAUAGUAUGCCAGAGUGGCAGGAAUGGUUUCUGGUUAGUGAUAAAGAAGAUGGAGGUUUUCCUUGUCUUGAGGAGCUUUAUUUGGUGGAUUGCCCGAAGCUGUAUGGGAGCUUACCUUAUUGUCUUGCAUCCUUGAGAUUGCUUCAUAUCUCGGGAUGUCAACAAAUUGUAACUCUUCUGCCACAGGCUGUGCAGAUGUGCACUGCAUAUCCGUUGCUUCGGACAAUGGAAAUAUAUUACUGCAGGAAGCUGGAGACAUUACCGGAAGGGAAAUGGCCUUCAAAUUUACAUUCACUUGCCAUUUUCUAUUGCCAAAAUCUUAGAGCCCCAAAUGGAAAUGGCUUCCAAGGUCUCAGGUCGCUUGAAAAAUUGUGCAUUUCUUGCUGUAAUUAGCACGUGUGCUUGCCAGAAGAAAAGCUACUAGAUCCUCUUUCUUAUCUGAGUAUGGUUGGAUGUCUUUUGGGAGAUCAGCAGUGUCAGAGAGGCAAGGCAGAAAAUGGACCCAAUAUUUGUCAAAAACCUCGGGUACUCUCCAAUGGGAAAUGAGACGCUGAACGUGUGGAUAUUUACCUGCUCUCUUAUUUUCUUCAGCAUGCGAUUACUGCACUGGAGGAUGAGGUUCGUAGCUUUUACUGCUUAUUUGGUGUAAUGGCUCUGGUCCAUUGUGGAGGGAAUCGGCAUGGUUACUGCUUAUUCAGUAUAAUGGCUCUGGUCUAUCGUCGAUGGAAUCAACAUCAGUGGGAUAACGAAUUCAUUUUGUGUUACUGUUCUCUACUUUUUUUUGGUUUGGGGUGGAUUUAUUUUGGAUGGUUGUAGCAUCACAAGUGAACUUCUUACUCUAUUGAGGAAGUCACAUAUUGAAACGUCAAUGAGAAGAUAUUAUGUAAUGUAGCAUCUUCCACCUAGGUUUGGAUUACUUGUGCAUGAGUUCUAUAUGAUAUGAAUCUUACUGGAAUAUUAUGAC